CAGAUUAAUUGGCCCUUAUACCAAAUUAAUCUCAUUUAAUUGACGGAAGCAUGUUACAAUAUCGUUAAAAACUAAUAGUGGAACGAAUUGGUUAUAAUCCGAAAGGAAAAGACUCAUAUUGGUACGAGUUGAUUAAUUAAGUAGCACUUCCUUUUCCGCCAUCCAGCAACAGGGCGAGGCUGGAGAUCUGCAUCAAAAAUUAUUAUCGUAAUCAUCCGAAGGUUUUUCACGCUACCUGGUCUCAGCUAUGCCGCCAGUUAGACAGACGAUCACCUCACGCUCCAGAAAGGAGCGCGAUCGUAAUUUUGUUUCGCCGGGCAGAGGGCGAGGAAGGAGAUCCAAGCGGACCACACACGAGGCGGGAAAGCCCACCAACACGAGACCACAACACCGGGGAAAACGGACCAAUACUGCAACAUCAACGUCCCCAGCCACAGUAACGGUGGCGGAAUCAACCCACGAGGCUUACGAAUUCGAACCCCCAGGACGUAUAGAGGGCCAAAACGAGGAGACAUCGAGCAACAUCUCGGGUGAGUGUGACAUUUUGCUCCCCACAGUAGAUGCCUUAACACACUAUACAAACAAUAGCGAAUUCGAUGGCCCCCCUUUUAACAUUUCGGACUACCAACCUCCUCAUACCCCCAGUUCUAUAGAUCCCAUUAGCGCCCAUGUUCCACUUAAAGUUAAACAAAAAAUUUGGGAGGGAAAAUUUGUUGAUCUCUCCAUACUAUUAAAAUCGGCGCGGGAACUCUCAGAUCACUUAGAAACACAAGGCCAAAUACAAAUACGCAACGGCACAAUGUGCCUUGUGAAGCACAAACCCCGCACCUUUUUGUCAAUCGACAAAUGGACUUCAGCCUUCAUCAUCUUCACAAGUAUUAUGCUAGAAAAAUAUAGAUCUAGAGCCCAAGAAUUUUUGAAAUAUAUGAGGGAUGUAAGAUUGGCAGCCGACAGAUCUGCGAAUGGUUGGUUCACAUAUGAUGAACAAUUUCGGCUUCGCAAAGUGUCAGACCCACACUCAUCUUGGGGAAUCAUAAACUCUGAACUGUGGUUGAUCCAUGUCACCAACAAUUACACCAUGCAGGCACAAGAAAAGCCCAUACCCCCCACACAGAAUUUUUUCCCCCAACAUAAACACCCUAACAUACCAACAGCUAAGAAAAAGGUAAAUUCACCACCCAAUCGUUACUGUUACGAUUUUAAUUCAGGCAAGUCAUGCAAAUUCUACCCAAAUUGCAGGUUUGUCCACUCGUGCAAUUCAUGUGGCGGAUCACACCCCUCGAUCAAAUGCAGGAAUAGAAAUACCCAAUUCUAACCAGGAUAUCAACAGCUUGGGAAAAACUCCAAUUGAUGUCUACAAUUUGUCUGCUUAUCUACAUGGUUACAGUGCAAAAUCUUUUCUCAUAAACGGUUUCCUACAUGGUUUUAAACUCCAGUACAAUGGCCCUAGAAUUUACAGGGAAUCUAAAAAUUUAAAAAGUGCGAUAGUAAAUCCCAGUAUAGUGGAACACAAAAUACAUAAAGAACUCAUGCUCGAGAGGGUAGGGGGACCAUUUGAAUACCCACCAUUCCCAUCCCUUCAAAUCUCUCCAUUAGGACUUGUCCCCAAAAAACAUGGCGAUUUUAGACUCAUCCAUCACCUGUCCUUCCCAGAACAUCAGUCAAUCAAUUCCUUUAUAGAUCCAGCUGCAUGUUCAGUACACUACGCUUCAGUGGAUGACGCAGCAGCCAUCAUCGCAACAUUGGGGGCAGGUACUUUAUUAGCUAAAUCCGAUAUAAAAUCUGCAUUCCGGCUCAUUCCUGUGGCUAAGAAUGACUUCGAGCUACUGGGGUUUAAAUUCCAGGGUAAAUACUUUUUUGACAAAAUGAUGCCAUUUGGUGCAUCCAUCAGCUGUGCAAUCUGGGAGAAGUUCGCAACUGCAUUACAUUGGAUCAUUCAAUCUAGCUCACGUAACCCCCAUAUUCUACACUAUCUAGACGAUUUUCUCUUCGCAGGUCCACCGAACUCCAAUCGGUGCCUAUCUACCCUCGAACUUUUCAAAAAUAUCUGUAGCCAUAUCGGAAUACCAAUAGCUCUUGACAAAACCACUGAGCCCAGCACAACAAUAAUUUUUCUAGGAAUAGAAUUUGACACUAUCCACAUGGUAAUGCGACUUCCGCAAGACAAGUUAGUUUCGCUCCGACAAAGCAUUCAAACAGUUAUGAUAAGUAAAAAGGUCUCCUUAAAGGCCUUACAAUCACUCAUUGGUCUACUCAAUUUUGCCUGCAAAACAGUAGCACCUGGUAGAGCCUUUUGCAGGCGACUAGUUGAUGCCACUAUUGGCAUCAAAAAACCAUAUCACAUGAUAAGAGUUAAUCAAGGCAUGAAGGCAGACCUUGCAGUUUGGCAGCAAUUUUUGAAACACUUUAAUGGGGUCACAGUCAUAUGCUCCGGUAUUUGGUCAUCAGAUAACAAUCUACAACUAUUCACAGAUAGUGCAGGGGGGUUUAAUGGGGGGUUUGGAAUCUUUUUUGCUGGCCGCUGGGCUCACUCAAAAUGGCCUACCCACUGGGUUUUUUCUGAUGUUAUUCGCGACAUGACAUUCUUAGAACUAUUUCCAGUAUAUGUUUCACUCCUGUUAUGGCACCCAUGGUUAUCAAACAAACGCAUACUUUUCCACAUUGACAACAUGGCAGUUGUACAAGUCCUUAACACAUUGACAUCUAAGUCAACAAGGGUAAUGAACAUUGUCAGAAAACUUGUUCUCCUCACUUUGCAACACAACAUCACAAUUAAAGCCCAACACAUCCCAACAAAACUCAACAAAAUAGCUGACAGUAUUUCUCGUUCACAGUGGGGAAAGUUUCGCAACCUGGCUCCAGAGGCAGAGAAGUGGCCCACACAGCUCCCCCAGCAGAUAUGGGAAAUUUAAUUGCGGAGUCCAAACGCCUUAUUAAUAGCUCCUUAUCACAAAACACCUACAAAGCUUACCGGGCUGCACUGAACAAAUUCCAAUCUUUUUUAAACAUUUAUGGCUUACAGCCAACCUGGCCCCUGCACAGCAACAUAUUACUCUAUUUUAUAGCCUACCUAUCCAUCCAAAAAAUGUCGCCCAAUUCAGUAUCCCUCUACAUUAGUGCAUUGUCAUACUUCCACAAAAUAAAACACCUUCCUGACCCUACAAAGUCCUUCCUAAUCAACAAAGCACUUCAAGGCUUAAAGCGCAACAACAGAGUUGUUCCAGACAACCGCCUUCCAAUAACCCUACCAAUUUUGGAAAAGCUCGUUGUAUCGCUACAGUCAGUGUGUUGCUCCACCUAUGAGGUCAAACUUUUCACAUGUGCUUUUUCAUUAGCAUACUUUGCAUUACUUCGUGUAGGGGAAUUCACUUCAGUCAACUCAAACACACAGAAUUCAUCCCAUUGCAUACAACUCAAACAUAUUCAAGCGCAUCCACACAAGCACUAUUUAAGGUUAACCAUACCACACUCCAAAACCGACCAGGUUGGUAAGACCACCACCUUCAUUAUUCAUAGCCAGCCAAUUGCUCCCCUGUGCCCAGUUAAAGCUACCUUGGAUUUUAUCGAGUGUAGGCCCCAUACCCCUGUUAACCACAGUUUCCUAAUUCAUCUUAAUACAAAACCAUUGACCAGAUACCAAUUCAACUCAGUCCUUCAAAAGGCUAUUGAAAACAUAUUACCAACACCAGGCCAUUUUGGCACACACAGCUUUCGAAUUGGGAGGGCAACAGACCUUGCAUUACAGGGCACGUCUGACUCUGAAAUUCAGAAGUUUGGUAGAUGGAAAUCAGUAGCUUUCCUUAAAUACAUAAGGAUCAUUUAGCUUGGUUCACAACAAAAUUCCCAUACCUACUAGGACUACUGAUAUCUACCUAUCGAUGGGGUGGGGGGGGAUAUUUGGACGUGUAUAGUCAAUUUAAAAUCCAAAACUAAUCAACCCAAAGAUUUGCAGGUCUAAAAAUAUGGAUCGUAGGAUCAUCCAUCCCUUUUUGGGCAGGGGAAGCAGCCAAACACUACCCAGGGGGACAAAGCCUGAACCUCCCUGCCACACUGCUAUGGAGAGCACACAGGGGGAUGCAAUGGCAGGAAUUAGACCCACAAAUCCUACAGCUCAUCAAACAUGAAGUACCCCCAAAUUACUUAGUAAUCCAUCUAGGAUCCAACGAUUUGGUAACUCCGAACUUAACUAGCAAAAAAUUCAUAGAAGAAAUCCAGUGCAGUUUCCUGCGAUAUAACGCUCUUCUCCCAAAUACUAAACUGGUGUGGUCACACAUUCUACCACGCCGUUAUUGGCAUGGAGCUCCAUUGAACAGUGGAAAAAACAUUGACAAGAAACGUAAAAGAAUUAACAAAAAUAUCUCAAAAUUUGUCACAGAGAUGGGUGGGGGUGUAAUUUCACAUGCAAACAUAUCCGUUGCCAACCCGGACUUGUUUAGAUUUGAUGGUACCCACCUCUCCGAGCUUGGCAACAGAAAUUUCUUAAAUAACGUAAAAAGUGGAUUGUGGUCCCUCAUUCAGAGGGUGGGGGGGGGGGAGUAUCCCCUAAUGUAAAGUAAUGGAGGAACAUCAUAUCGAUGUCUGUGGCGGGUCCGGAGGGAUGAGUGGGAGGGUUGUGGGCACAUCUGGCUCGUUGUUUCCCUGCCCAGCCAGCAGACAAGUUGGUGGGCACAUUGUUGGGUAGACAGGUUGUCUACAAAGUAUCCAACCUAUGGCAAUGUGUAAUAAAAGUCAAGUAAAAGUAAAAAGACUAGUAAAAAAGUUUUCGAUUGGGGUCGUAGCCAAGCCUGCAGGCCUGGGGCCCCCUCCACCUCUUGUAACAGGAGGGGAGGCUUAGUACUGGAGUACUUGGGUGUUAAAGUACUGCUGACCAGUAGCAAUCACCGGAAGCAGGGUAUACAGAUGUGCUCGCAAAUCUCUUGGUCCCUAAUGUCUAGUACCUAAAUUUGGGAUCUCGGGCAUCUGUGACCAACACAGGGCCACUGGUUUUGCCCGGUACUUAUUAGUCGGUAUGCCAGCUAUCCCUCCUGGACCCUAUUUUUUGAUUGUACAUUUAUGCAAUGCGGCCAUUUAAUGCCAAUUUCCUGAUGUCCAUCACAGUUAUGAGUAAUGCAAUAUUGUAUAUGUUUGUUCAAGUCAUUAAUAAAUGUAAUGAAAAUUAUACAGCUGUUGUCUAUUGUAAAGCUGGCACCAAGGAAAGGUCACGAUGACCCUAUGUGUAAAAAGAAACAAGUAACAAUGUAUGUCAGGUCCUGCGGGACAGCGAUUACCUGACUGUUCAAUUAAGGCAGAUUAAUUGGCCCUUAUACCAAAUUAAUCUCAUUUAAUUGACGGAAGCAUGUUACAAUAUCGUUAAAAACUAAUAGUGGAACGAAUUGGUUAUAAUCCGAAAGGAAAAGACUCAUAUUGGUACGAGUUGAUUAAUUAAGUAGCACUUCCUUUUCCGCCAUCCAGCAACAGGGCGAGGCUGGAGAUCUGCAUCAAAAAUUAUUACCCACCCACCCCCCCCUUUUUUCAUAUGUAAUUUCAUACUACUUGUUUUGUACAUUCCUUUAUGCAACCUCAUAUAUUCCAUAAAACCUUAAGAAAAUUCUACCAAAAUAUCCCAAACCUAUCAUUAAUAUUUAAGAGUUAUCCGUCAUUAGCCAAUGCAAUCAUUGGCUAAUGAAAAUACCACCAAAUUGCAGUAAUCUGCUGUCAGAUCUCUUGUUUUUCAGAUAUUCAACAACAAACAGGUACCAACAGGAAACCCAGCUCAUAGGGAUUGAUGCGGAGGAAGGACAGCGGAUCCAAUAUCGUGCACAAAAACCAGUUUGGAACAGUGAUUAAAGACUUGUGAUUAAACUAACUAAUUGUGACAGCGGUCUAUUUCUACUAGCAACAAUUUUUUUUUUUUUUCUCAAAACCCUUGUCGCAUUGUAUUUAAGGGGGGCGGGUCCGGAGGGAUGAGUGGGAGGGUUGUGGGCACAUCUGGCUCGUUGUUUCCCUGCCCAGCCAGCAGACAAGUUGGUGGGCACAUUGUUGGGUAGACAGGUUGUCUACAAAGUAUCCAACCUAUGGCAAUGUGUAAUAAAAGUCAAGUAAAAGUAAAAAGACUAGUAAAAAAGUUUUCGAUUGGGGUCGUAGCCAAGCCUGCAGGCCUGGGGCCCCCUCCACCUCUUGUAACAGGAGGGGAGGCUUAGUACUGGAGUACUUGGGUGUUAAAGUACUGCUGACCAGUAGCAAUCACCGGAAGCAGGGUAUACAGAUGUGCUCGCAAAUCUCUUGGUCCCUAAUGUCUAGUACCUAAAUUUGGGAUCUCGGGCAUCUGUGACCAACACAGGGCCACUGGUUUUGCCCGGUACUUAUUAGUCGGUAUGCCAGCUAUCCCUCCUGGACCCUAUUUUUUGAUUGUACAUUUAUGCAAUGCGGCCAUUUAAUGCCAAUUUCCUGAUGUCCAUCACAGUUAUGAGUAAUGCAAUAUUGUAUAUGUUUGUUCAAGUCAUUAAUAAAUGUAAUGAAAAUUA